AUGGAAUCACCUACCCCGGCAAGCCACAACUCACACUCACACUCGAUGCAAUUCGAAUCACCCGUCGGGGUAUUGGAUAGCUGGAUAGGUGUCACAGACCCCAAAAAGAGAAAGAAAUUGCAGAAUCGACUCAAUCAGCGCGCCCACAGACGCCGACAGCGAGCCCUAAGAACACAACAGCAGCAAAAGGAUGCCGACAUCGACGUAAAACAAGAACCCGAUACCGAUUCCAAUCAACCACCGACAAAUUCGACAAAUCCGCCUCGCUCGCUCGACCAUCUAGACUUUUGCACGCCCACCAACACCAAGCAUCUCGAGAAACUCGAAGCCCUGAUCCGCAUGGAAUUCGCCAUGGGCUCGCCUACUGCCGAUUUGCUUCUGGGGCUUACUCAACUCAACAUCAUUCGCGUUCUGCAUGCUAAUAGGGAUAUCCUCGGCUACACGGCCAGCGAUAUGCAUGACGAUGCACUCUCAGCAUUCAACCUGAACGUAAACGCGAGCAUGGACAUCAACCUGAAUCUUGUAUGCCAGUCGAGUAUCAUCAAGACGAGAUCAGAUCUGCCGCUCGCUUUGCAGCCGACGACAACUCAAUACAAGGUCCCGCAUCACCCGUGGCUGGAUCUUAUCCCCAUCCCGAAGAUGCGUGAUCAUUUGAUUCGAGCGGGUGACUCUAUCGAUGAUGUUAAGCUAUGUUAUGAUAUGUGUGGGUAUCGGGUGCCUGAGACUGGGAUACUGAUAUGGAAGGAACCGUGGGAUCCGUCUGGGUGGGAGGUUACGGAGCGGUUUUUGCAGCUUUGGGGCUGGGCUGUACGGGAUUGUUGGGAGUUGUUUGACUCGACGGAUCGAUGGCGACGGAAGCGUGGAGAGAGGCCGUUGUUUAAUUUGCCCAGGAAGUUGUCUCAAUAA